AUGAUUGAAUUACAGGGGACCUUAGAGUCAGCUGGUAUACUUGCAAGACAACGAAUUGGGAAAGAAGUGAAACUUCAAAAAUCGCUGAUUGUACUUGGACGAGAUGCUGAAAACCAAGGAAUUGCACAAAUUGCUGCUGUGAUUCGUAAAAAAGUUCAGUUCCGUGCUCGACCAAUGCGUGUGUGA